GGCACCGCUUCGUUCAUUCAGCCAUUCCACAAGUGGCCGUCAUCACCAGCGCUUCCGCGUUUCCGGUAAUCGUUGUGCGCUCCCGAGAUAUUUGAUUCGAAUUGUGCGGAAGUUUUUAAAAAAUACUAUUGCUUAGAAUUCGAAAACGAAAAAGGAUAGCCAAGGAUCGAUAUAUAUUUAGCAAAAAUGAAAUGCAGCGUGAAUUGUGAGAGUUGUUGAAAAGUGACUUAAAUAUUUAAAAACAUCGUGGAUUAAUUACAUCCAAGUACAUUCGACGAUUUUUGUUCAGCCAUCGGAAGGCUUCAACAAUCAUGGAUGCCACACAGCUAACGGAACUAAUGGGCAGCCAUGAUUUUAUGCAAUUACAACAUCAAUUGCAUCACAAUAACAACAAUUACAACACAGACGGACACAAUGGACUGUCUUCAGAAUCAGCGGAGGGAAGUUCUCGACCCGUCCGUCGUGCCACCAGACGAACUUCACAGCUAAGCAAUAAUACUUAUGACCUGGAGAUGACAGAUUCCAGUUCGCAAAGCGAUGACACAAGCGGCGGAGGCGGCAGCAGCAACGGGGGUGGUAGCACCACAAACACUGGACAUCCGUCCGGCUGCUCUCUGGGCGGUCAGGGGCCAUCAGGCCGCGGACGGGUCCAGCAAGCUAGCUCAGGAGCCUGUCCAUCUACCAUUGCCCCGAACAGUACCAGCUCCAACUCCUCCAAUGCAAACGGCAACGCCAGUAGGCGGCGGAAAGGCGCCCUGAACGCUAAGGAGCGGAAUAUGCGUCGCUUGGAGUCAAAUGAACGAGAGCGAAUGCGGAUGCACAGCCUAAACGAUGCAUUUCAAUCGCUUCGAGAGGUCAUACCGCACGUGGAGAUGGAGCGACGGCUGUCCAAGAUUGAAACACUCACACUGGCCAAAAACUAUAUCAUAAAUCUGACGCACAUAAUACUCUCCAAGCGCAACGAGGAGGCGGCGGCCUUGGAGCUGAACUCGGGGGCCGUUGGUGGGGUGCUGCUCUCAAAUCUUUCCUCCGAAAGUGGAGGACCGGUAGCGAGUGGUAUUCCUGCAAAUUCCAAUGCCGCGACGAUAUGCUUUGAGGAUACCCUGGCCAGCGGAGGUGCCUUUGACUGCGCCAUUUUGGCAGCCACCGACGGCAGCCUACUGAACGCUGCCACAGUGACAACCAGCCCCGCGAUGCAGAGCAUCCAAUCACAAGCCAUACACUUGCAGACACCGAUGGAGCAGCAGCAACAGCAAGCCAGCCAUCUUCCGCACCAUCAGCAGGCGAUGCAUGGCCAUGGCCAUCUAGGGGCCAGCAUUCAAUCGCAGCAGCAGCCUAGCCUUGUACUAAAUGGCACUACAUCGGUGGGCCUGGGAAUUGGAAUAGGGGUUGGUGUCGGAGUGGGAGUUGGGGUGUGCAACAAUGCGCCAAGCUUUGCUGAUAUCAAUGAUAAUUUCGACGAGCCCUUUCGAGAGUUUCUGUAAGCCAUCCAUAACGCGGUGGUUCCGCGAACGUAAAAACCGCAAUUGGAAAAUGGUUGCACACAUGUAUAGCGCUCAAAAACGAUAUUUAUGAACCCCAGUGCGGUCGAUUCACCGGCUUGAGUGUUCGAAACCUUGUUAGUUAUUAUGCUUUCAUAAAAUGGUCAUUUAUGGAAGAUUUCUGCAAUAAACUUAACCAGAAAAUAUUUAAUUUAAUUAGUUUUAUAAUUUUGGUCAUAUAAUUGUAAACUUGUAAAAGAGCAUGUUCGAUCCUAUGAAAUCUAUAUUGAUAUAGAUUUACUGGGCGAAUAUAGGAAGAACACAUGACUUUGGUUUCGGGAGAAACUCAAAACAUGACAGAAGUAAAGAAUGAGCUUCACUUUUCAAAAUGAUUCUUCUAAAUUUGUUGCAAGUACGCCAUACUUGAGUGCCGCGACAUAAAUAAACGUAGUUCUAGAGAAAAGGACAUUUGCAAGCAGUAAAUUGACUGAUGUAGGAAGCACCAAGGAAAUCGACUGCUUUAGCAAGCAGGACUGCCUUAGAUUGCACACGUGGGUCCUUUUCUUGUUCAUUACAUGCCAUGAAAUAUGAAUAACUUAUUGGUCUAAUUAUACAAAUUGGUAUUAGCAAGCUAAAUAAAAUACUUUAAAACAUAAACAGAUAGAUUAACGAAGUGGAUUACAAAUAUUUUGAUGAGCUUAGUAUAUGUUUUAAUGAUCUUCUGAAAGUUUAGGCACAUUUUUGAUAAUUAAAAUGAAAAAAACCGGCUACUAAAAAUAUAUCUGUUAAAUAUCAAGAAAUACGUAUACUUUAGAUAAGACCUACAACUAUUUAUAAGUUACGGAAGCCUAUAAUUAGCGAAACUUAGUCGUAAGCUUAAUUUCACGUGCACUUUUUUCCGAAAGAGAACCAUGAAGAAGGCUAACAUUCGAUUGUACUUAAAGUUAUGGUUCAAGUUUUGUAUAUAUGUAUGUAUAAACUUAUAUCCAGAUCGAUCUUAGAUAAUUAGCUAUGCGCCUAUAUAUCAAUGUAUCUUUGUAUGUAUGUAUAUCGCAAUUUAUACAUUCAUGCAAAAUACUAAAGCUAAGAGCGCUUUAUCACCUUAGUUCUUUUGUUAAAGUCUUUUUUAAUUUACAACCCUAAUUUUGAAACGAUAUGACAUUCUGUAUGUAUGUAUAUCAUAGGACUUACUGUAUAUAGUGUGCAUAAAUACAUAUAAUUGUUUGUAAUAGCAGCAAAAACAUUGAAUCAAUUACCGUUAACUAGCGGUCCUGCCGUCUGAGGAACGACGGUCUACAAAGUGACGCCCCAAUAAGUUAAUUUACCACCCAUGAUCUUUUUAAUGCACUUGAAACCUUCCAUUGGAUGCAAGAGUAGAAAACGUGGUAAGAGGGGUGUGUGGGCGGACAGGAAAACAAUUAACGUACCGAAACUAAAAUUGGCACAUUUCCGUUAUGGGUCGCCAGACUUAAGACUCUGUACGCGGGAAAGGGACGUCGAUAGUAACGCUCGGACGGUAAACAGUAAUAAAAUAACGGUGCUCAGUGGGUGGUGAAGUCGGCUGAUGCGACGAGAGGGGGCUUGUAAGUGUGAGUGAGUGAGGGUGGCUGGGGUCUUAGCAAUAAUUAAGUAAAAAAUUGUAGUUGGGGGAACUCUCUCCUCUUCGGUGUCGAGUUAAGCUUGUUUAUUAUGUUUGAUUAGUCAGGAUUUCGUAUUUUGGGUAGGUCGCAGGAUGUUAAGCUCUUCCACAAACUCCAAAACAUCGAUUUGUUCGAAGCAGUGCAAGAUUCUGAACUGAGUUUCAAAACCUU